UGUGGGGCACUUAUACAUACUGUGGUCUCAUCGAUCCAGACGAGAGGAAUAGUGGACCAACACCCGCAGGGAUGUGACCGAUGGCCAGGGCCACCCUGAAGCUGCUGCUGACCGUGGUGGUGGUGUGUUUAGUGCUGCUGGCCAGUUUCUGGUCCCAAUGCGGUCCAACUCCGCUAGCCAGGGCCCCGCAGCCCCUGCAGGUGGAGUACCGCGACACCGAGUGCCGGAUAAACGGCGAAUACAGUGUGCCCUGUUUGCGACAAGAUGAACAGGUGUGGCUACCUUUCUCAUUCGUGCACAAGUACUUCGAGAUCUUUGGCGAGUUCACCCAGCAGACGCCCGGGGGAAGCGAGCGCUUCGACUUGUGGCACUCGACAUCCAAGGUUUACAAGCCCAAGACUAACUAUGACCCCAGGGGCGUCUUUCUCUUCUUUGACAACUACAACGUGGAGGUUCGAGAUAGGGUCAUGUGCGUCUCUGCAGACGAAGGAGUUCCUAUUUCUACCCAAUGGGACUCUUCAGGAUAUUACUACCCUACUCAAGUGGCUCAGUUUGGAUUGGCCCACUACAGCAAAAAUCUCACUCAGCCUAAAGUUACGAGGAAGGUCCUCGAAGACGGGGGAGACACCAGCAAGACGACUUGGUUAGUGUCUGACUCGUCAUUCGCAAAACGAGAGAAGUAUGGAUCAUCCAAAGUAUUAAUUUUUGCCGGUCGCGUACACGCUCCAGUCUCCUCUGAUAUGGCUUACCUGGACGUGAACAUUACCUUGGCCAGCAACAGUUCUCUAUGGGUGGCUAUCGAGCAGAAGCACCAGCCAACAAGACGUAUGCACUACGUUUGCGGCGAGACGCGGCCUAUUUGGACCGACGGCCGCGACUGCUUUUACGGCAUGGGCCACUGCGGCCAGUGGAACAGACUUAGCCGUGACUUGGCCUUGGACUUACAAAAAGCGAUCCGUGUCUCGAAGCGGCCGCGAAAUCUGCGCGUGGUGGCCAUCGGCCUCGAGGGCUCCGGUCGGCUAGACGACCUCUCGCUAUCCAAUGGCUCAGACCACGAUGCCCUCUUCUGGGCAGCUGCGCGCUGGUUUGUCCGACACCAGUCCUCUGACGGGGGCUGGCCCAUUCCAGCCCGGCGCCGCCUGGUUGCCGGCAUGAGUAUCCUAGCCCCUGGCUGGCUCUCGGCCAUGGCCCAGGGCCACGCGGCUUCCUUACUGGCGCGAGCCUACCACCGCUCCGGCGAUCCGCAGUACUUAGAAGCAGCAGAAAAAGGCCUGGCUCCGUUCCGGUUACCCUCGACCAAGGGCGGUGUGCGCGCCUCUUUGUGGGGCCACACGUGGUUUGAGGAGUACCCCACGACGCCGCCGUCGCUUGUGCUCAAUGGAUUCAUUUACGCCCUGCUGGGUCUGCACGACCUGCGCAUGAUUGGGAACUCCAAGAAUGCCAGCAUCCUCUACUCUGAGGGAAUUGAGUCCCUGCGCGCCCUGCUACCCGUUUAUGACACUGGCAGCGCCUCCGUUUAUGAUCUGCGCCACGUGACGCUGGGCAGUGCGCCUAACGUGGCCCGCUGGGACUAUCACGCCACCCACGUGAACCAACUGCUGAUGCUGGCCACGAUAGAGCCCCAGGUGGAGCUGUUCAAGCGAACGGCCAUGCGCUGGGCCGACUACAUGCUCGGCCACCGCGCAGCACACAAUUGAUUAAUAUUUAAUUUAUUCGCUGUUGUUCGACAACUCGGAGCGUUGUACAUUUUGCUUUUGGAGCUGUGAAUGACAGCAUGUGCUCUCUGACCUAGACCCUGAUAAAUGCAAACUUAAAGCUGCUAUUCAAAUUCGAAAGUGAUUUUGUGUGGUCUGAGUUACUAGAGCAACUGCUGUGGUGAGCGGUCUCCAACGUACUACUAUUAGUGCUUGCUCAACUAGCGACGCAUAGGAGCUUACCAGCACUCGACAAUAUCAUGUGAUAACUCUUGCCGCAUUCCUGACUAACUUGUUAAAUUAAUCGAUUGUAUUAGCGUAUUUAGAAAAAGGGAACUAAAUGCACCGUUCUAUGAUAAAAUUCUGGUCGGCACAAGGCCACUUCGUGGAAGUAGAAAUCCAUUUCUUUUUUCAAUGGUGUAGACAAGGUAUUAAGGAAAAUCUGCGAGAUGUUGAUCUUUUAAAGAAACUGCUCUAUUAGAGAAUAUAUUUAGAAAAAAAACUGAGAUAUUAAAAUUGUACAAAAUAAAAGUCCCUGCCUUUGUAGGAAAUCAAAAUACCAUUGUUUAUUGCAAGAAUAUCAAUAUAUUAAUUUAUUGAACUAUCACAUAAUCGUUUUUUAGGUCUAACCUAAGGAAAAGAGAGGUGAGGAGCCGACAAGGCGAUUUUUAUGGCAGAGAAUCAAAUAUUAUGUCCCAUUGUCGUAUCGUGGUCUCUGCAAUCCUUAGUUGAACCUUCCUAUCCUUGAGAUUGAAACAUGCUAAAGCUUGUGCGAUAGUGAACCUUCAUCACCUUCUUAAUUAUACAUUAUUUGAGAUGAUUUGCAAAAACAACGUUACAUUAAGUUCAUUCUAACGCAAUAUGAUAUCCGGGAUAAAGUUAUAAAUAUCAAACUGGAUAUCCCGGAAAAAACUUGAUUGGAAUUUUUGUAGAAAUCAGCGCCUGGUUCACUCUCAAGGGUCAAUCAAAAAGGUUUGGACAACAAUUAAUCUCACAGCCGGCCUUACAUAGCCUUGUUAACAAGCGGCUCCCGCACAGCAGUUUGUACAAUGGCUCGCAGUCCGUGCGCAGACUUGCGGAUCUCCUCUUCCUCAUCCUCGAAACUCAUUUGCGCAUGAAUGCACUGAGUGGGCGACCGCCCUAACCUCGGUGAUCUUGCAAGUCGCGGUGACCUCUUGUUCAUUUGCUUCUCCACCCACUUGAGCAUGAUGAGAACUGCGUCUGGAUCGGCUAACCUGUAUCACAAUUCAGUGAAUUAAUCCAAAUUCAGCUCAUUCAGUUUUUAUGUUUAAUAAAUAGGAUUGAACUGUCAACUUUUCCAAAUUUUGUUCAAUAUAAUAAACGAAUUGAAGGAAGCUACUAUUCAAGUAUUUCAGGCUGGGGUAGUCUUCUGGGCUGAAGAGUUCUCGAUUAAUUUGAUUUUACUGUCUUGAAUAAUUCCAACUGAAUGACUAACUGCUUGACAUCUAUGAAAUAUUUAACUGGCUUUGCUUAUUUUGAAAGCCUGCUUUUCGAAUGUUUAGGAAACAAAGGGGAUUUAUAUUUUUGAGAAUAUUCUACUGAUGUGAUGAGACCUAGAUGAAAUUAAACAACAAUUAGUGGUGGGCAUUACCUAAAGUUUGCUGCGGUGCGAACAGCUGGACUUGAGUCUACCCUGAAUGUGCAAGCAAUACCCUGCAGGGCUUGCAUCGCGUCUUCAUUACCCGCGUAGAUGACGCGCACCCUCUCCGUCCAGUCGACGCCGUACAUGGUGCGCAAGAUGUAGAUGGAAGCUCGGCCCUGAUCCCAUUUCACUGGUGGCUUCGCCUCUAUCGCCAUGUGUGCCGCGUGAGGCUCGAAUCCAGCCUGUUUGAAAAUCUGUCCUGCUCGCUUGACGAUGGCCUCCCUGGCGGUGACCGGCGUCUCCCGAUAGUGAAACGUAAGCAGGACGCCCUUGUUCUCAACCCACGCUCCGUCACGACAAACCUGUGAGUUGAGAGUCAAAGGUUAAAUCGUUAAUUAGUUUUUCUAUAGUAGGUAGAAUGACAUAUGAAACCAGUUGAUCACGCGUGUUGCGGGGGUUGCAUACAUUUUAUAAUUGCAGGCGUUUGUAAAUAAUCUGAAUCCAUGAAACAAAUUUAUCAAGCGUUAUUUAUAUUUUAUGUCUACUACUGGGGAAAUUUCCUUAUAUUUUGGGGAUUUAAGUGAAAGCGGGAAUUUUGCACACCUCAUCCUGCAGGGCUCUCAACAACUCGCGCAACUUCUCUUCGUACUCCAGUGGCACUGGAUGGACGAAUUUAGUUCCGUCAGGGUGCAAGAUCUCCAGACCGUGGCUACCCGCGUAUGUGAUGCCUUCAAUGCCGACCAUUCUGCUCAAGUUACCCAGCGACCUGCCGGAGAUGACCACCACGUUGACGUCGGACAGAUUGGCCAGUCGCUCAAGCACCCUUCUUGUCUCAGUUGGCAUGAUGGCGAGAUCAGGGUGGGAGGCAAGGUGCGCCAAAGUACCGUCGUAGUCGAGGAUCAGACUGAGCUUGCAGGCGGCGUCCAGGUCCAGAUACUGCCCGAAGUCGUCCAGAGUGAGCCGCGCCAGGUUGCCGACGAGCGAUGUCUCGUCGUUCACACCGUCCAUGGCGUCCAGGAAGGAUUCGAGCCAGCGCGACACGUCGUUCUUUCUUUCGCGUCUGCGCAGCUGCGUCAUCCUGAGCUCGCGUUCGUCCAGCGGCAUGCUCAGAGCCCUGUGGAUGGUUUCGGCCACCUGGUCCAGCUCGUAAGGGUUGACGACCAGGGCCUCGUGCAUGGAGCCCCCUGCCCCCGCGAAUGGUGAAAGAAUGAGCACGCCCGGCUCCCUGAUCUGACACGCGACGUAUUCCUUUGCUACGAGAUUCAUUCCAUCGCGUAACGGCGUCACUAGUGCCACUGCAGAGUCGCGGUAGAACGCGGCGAGCUGGUUCUGCGACACGCAGCCGUAGAUAUAGCGGAUGGGAGACCAGUUGGCAUGCGAGAAUCGGCCGUUGACACGCCCGAUCAGUUGGUCCAUUUCCUCCUUCAGCUGGCGGUACUCGCGGACGUCUGUGCGCGACGGAACGGAAAUUUGCAGCAGUGUCACUUUUUCGAUGUGCUCGGGGUGCUUCUCUAGAAGCAGCUCGAAAGCGAGGAUGCGGUUGACAAGGCCUUUGGUGUAGUCAAGGCGGUCCACGCCGAGAAUAGUUUUCUCCUCUGUCGUCUUCAGCACCUGGAGCACAGCAUGAAAAUUUUGAAAUCUAAAAAAUUAACCACUCUUCGAUCUAUAAAUAGGAUUUCCUCAAUUACGCAGUCAAUGCCUAUUUUUGUUUUUUAAGUUGCCUUUGUAAUAUUUGCAUUCUCUUAUCCCACUGGCAAAAACAGAAUGCACAACAAGAGAUCAAAUGAUUAGAUAAUACUACACAGUUUACGACACACUAUUUGCACGUUUGAGUUCAAGGAUACUUGUAGCUCAUCCACUUGAAGCUAUCACAAAGGAAGACCUUUGCUUGAAAAAGAUUUAUUAUUUUGCAACGCCAUAGUGUUAGAAACAUGCCGUGAUAAUUGCUUUUGCAGUUUAAUCUCGUUAAUUUAGACAUGAUUUUAGCCACUUGAGUUCGAAGAAAUAGGCCAGAUCAUAAUAAUCAUUGUAAACUGAAUGGUCUUGGCAAGAGAUAAAAUGUGUUGAGUGGCGAUUCAAUUAUGAUCUCAGACUCAAAGAACAACGCUAUGAAAAAAAGUAAAUGUACUACUUCAAGUGGUAUUUCUUCGUAAUAAUGCGUCUCUUUUUUGUUCCUUAAAAAUCUCGUGUUGAUUACUGUUAUAUAUCCCAAGUAUUCACGCAGAUAUUUCAUGAAUGUGUGCACGCAGAGAGUGCGGAGUGUGAAAUAAAUUUAGUCAAUCUAACAAUACAAUUACUAUUUUUUUAAAAAAAAACAAUCUGUAUUUACUUGGCUGCAGCCGUUUGGUGGCAGAGAAAUCGAAUCUCUGCCACCACCCUUCAAAUCUCCAUAGUGUCUAUGCCUUCUGCUAAAUUUGGGAUCUGUUUGUUUGCAUCUUUUCAAGAGAAAGAAGUUGGACGCCUCACCUUUGGAGCAUUUUCGGCAAGUUCAACAAAUCGUUCGAAAGGAAUGCCGAUGGGCAGGGCUUUUACGUGGACAGUGCGUCCGGCCAACUCGACCAUCAUUUGGUUCCGGUCGACUCUGCAGCCAAGUCGACGGCAACAGCAAUCAAUGAAGUUCAGGCAGUAGUCCUCAAUGUGAAAGCCAACCACGUCACAAGCUGUGCAAAAGAAGUAAAACUUCAGUGGAUAUUUGUGAUUUUAUGUAGUAGCAAACACACGUACCUAACAUCCCUUGCAGAAUCUGGUCGUCCCAAGGAAAGAGUCGCAUGAUGUCCCACGAGGGAAAAGGAAUGUGUAAGAAAAAUCCGAGCCUGAAGCGGAGGCCUUCCUCUUCGGCCGCCUUCCUGAUCGACGCCGCGGCCACCAGGAGUUGGUAAUCGUGCACCCAAACGAUGGGGGCCACGUUCACACGGCCCUCCGCGUCCAGUUUAGCCACGGUCGCACGCAGGGCAGCCAGGGUGUUUUGGGCGAACUCUUCGUUGACCUCACAGUAUGCCUGGAAUCGCAGCAGAUUCGUCAUUUACGUCAGAGUAAACAUCAAACGGUAUAAGUGGCUAUUUUUUAUUUAAUGUGCGUUUAACUCGACUUUGAUUUUCCCAGAAAUUAGGCGUGUUGAUCGCCGUAGAGAUUGGAAAUAAUCGGCCACGUCCCGUGCCACUUUUAUCAUAUCUUAUUUAAUUUCAUUUGCGAUAUAGAUAGUGUAUAUUUUAUCAAAUCUGAACUUUUCCCAAAAGAAAAUUGUGUUUUCGUGUCCUUGCUUUCGCGAUUCGUUCUCUCGAAGGCCGAGGUCAUUGCUAUAGAGAAUAUAAUCACGUCUGAGAAGGGUUGCAAAUUUGACAGCCAUAAUCGCGUUAUCAAGAGAAAACAAAGUAAACAAUUUUGACAGACCAAUGUGAAAAAUAAUGUAGCGUGUGUGAAUUUUAUUCUGUUGCCGACUAAGCCCCACUCUUAUGUGCUAAAAUGACACAGCAACUUACAUUCCAUGUGUCGGCUUUGAACACGGCCCUAUCAGGCAUGGAGUGGAAUAAAGGCCAAAAGGUUCCAUUGCAGCAUCCGUUAUAGUAUGCGUCAAACUUGUCCUUGGCCACGUUGACAGCAACGACCUUAAUUUGCAAAUUAAUUGAAAGUUCGCGAAAACGAAUAAAAGCCAAACCUGACUAGACUUGAGGCCUGCGGUUGGUGCCUGAUCACUUGCGUCCGAUUCAGGUAUUGCCUCUCCAGGGCGCAUUUCGUACGUCCCUGGCCAUCCGACCCAGGUUCCUUUGCACUCGAUCACAACAGGGGCAACGGCGGUCACCAGACCUCCGGCGCUAAAUAAAGUAUUGACUUUGAAAAUCUAACUUUUUUAAAUGUCUCGCUAAAAUCCACCCAAAUUAAUUAACUCUGCGGGAUGGUAUGAUCAACAUUUAUGCAGGACAAAUAGCCGAGUGUAAGUUUCCAGGGCCAAAUCAACUAAAAGUAAAUUAGCCUGACAAACAAGCACGGCUCUAAUUAUUACCCAGUGUGCAAACAAACACUUGACACUCGAAUUGGAUCACCUGAUGCUAUCUCGGACAAUGUUAUCACUAAAAGUGAGAGCAAACGAGCAAAGCACUUGGUAGCUAGUUACUCACUGACACUUGUUUUUUUCCAAGUUAAGUGGGGUAAUUGCGUGUCGGCAGAGAAAUUGCAAAUUAUUUACUUUGAAGAACAACAGCUUUCCAUGUUGGCAAUAUUGGUCAGAAUUAAUUCUCACCUCUGCCUGCGUUCGAGCCGACCGUCGAGCCCGCGGGCCAGGAUGAAGGGCAGUCUGUUGGAGACGACCACCAGUGGUGCCUGGGAUACUCGGCCAGGCACCAUCUCUCGCUUUAUUUGGGGCGUAAUUCUGUAAAAAUGCAACGACAGUAGGUGUUACAUAUUAGUUUUACAUUCUUAUCACGAUGGAAUUUUGCAAAUGUUUGUGUUUUUCUCGGAUGGUUAUAUUUUAUGAUGUUUGUUGGUGCGGCGCAGUUGGACUACGUGAUUAAACUAGCGUCCCUUCUGUUUAGAUAUACGGCUUAUCUAGAUGCGACAAUAGUUUGUUUGUUAACAGUUUGGUUUUGGGAAGAAAUGAUCAUAUGUCUUGCUUUGGCGGUUAGUUCUUUUUUGCAACCAUUACAUAAGCAAGAUUUUUAUUCCGCUUUUGUAAAAUGUGUUUUUUACUACAAUGCCAAAAUAAACAGAAGAAACAUUACAGUAAUUACAAAAAGGCGCUAAUGGCAUGAAAAACAGUGCGAAAUGACAUACUUAUGUAAGAUAACUGUCAUUAAUUAUCCAAGUAGAUAACAAGAAGGUUUGUUAUUCAUAGGAAAAAAGAGUUAGUCAAUGAAAGAAACUCCGUUGCAAUUAGCAACCAGACGUAAUAAAUGCACAUUCAUUUUUACUUAAUCCGUUCGACAGAGAAGGAAUCGUUCUUUAAAACAUAUUUUAACUAAUGCAGCCAAGAAAUUCCUCGCUCAAUUGAUAAGACCGUGGCUAUUAAUAAAUUAAUAUAUGGGGACAGUUGAUGCAUUACUUUUGUAUCCCUGAUAACGUGGAACAUGUUGCCGACACGCGGCCGAGGCAUGAUCUCUUAAUGAAACGGAAUUACACACGGAAAGUGAGUCAUUUCUUUGAGAAAUUACACGCAAGCAGCGCGGCGAUAACAAUGAGCGCUUCACUCGCGGGGCGCGCGCAAAUUAUGUAAACGGUAUAUCAACGGAAAGAAGUCGUGGGUGAGGGAAUCACGUGAAAAACACGUGGGGUUGCGCCACACACGAUCCCGCUGACCCGGUGGGCUCUACUCGCGCCCAUUAUUAAUAGAUGGAUGUUGUUGUCCAGACGCGAUCUUCAACGAACUGAUAACCGAGGUCCAAAAGUAGCUUGGCGAAAUUGAUUGCUCUAUCAGAAUGCAAUAAAAUUUAUUGGGAAUAUAUUAAGAUUUGCUGCAGUUCUAAAAAUGGCCUCCGCAAAUAAUGAAAAAAAUUUCACGUUAUUUCAUGUUAGUUCUGGGGUUUCAUUCGAUUUUGGCCGCGUCACGGCAACAACACAAUAAAAAUACUAAACUCGUUUAACGUGCCGCGCACACGGUGCACACUGACAGUUGCAAAAGUUGUUGACAAGCACCAAGAUUCGCAAUCUGCGCUGCUACUGCUGCCUCUGGCCUCGUUUGCUCCGUGUUUAUCUCUGGGUGAUAAUGACGAGCGCAAUUAUAGCCCACGCUCUGAUUGUGACCGUAAAAAUACACGCCAAACCUUCUGGACAGUGUGCGCUUCAGGGGGAUUCUGAUUGUUAUUUGUGUGUAUUUUCUUCCUGAUAAGAAUGUACCUUUCAACUUUUUAUAUAUUUUUCAUAGUUUCAUUAUCUGUGUUGUUCUGGAAAGCGAGCAUAAUCUUUCGGUAAAUAAGAUUGAUCGGACAUUCGAACGCGCACACCUCUACUGACAAUGAGCUUUGAAACCUGGCUCUAAUAGGUUAUCGACCUUCAAAUUUUGCGCCUCUUCGAAAUGCUGAAACCACGUGUGGCAUUUUACUUGCAUUUUCAUUUAGAACUCGGUUAGCUUGAUGUUGUAUAAUGUGACUCUAUGGCGUUAAAAUAAAAAUAAUCUAAUAAUCGUGGAAUCAUUAAUAGGCCAACGUAAAUGCUUUUUGCGCUCUGACUUGACCUCGGAGAACGUAUUUUGUGAACUUUGUGAUUUGAACGGUCAAGAAUUAGCGUCCACGUGAGGUCAAACGACCAACAAGCCGGCAAAUGGACCAUCUCAACACAUCAAAAUAUACGUCACGCGCCAAGUUUCAAUGUUAUCAAAUUAAUAGUGAUUUGUUUCUAAUGAUGUAGGUUAAGUGCGACUGAAAUGUUAUACUACGCAGUGAUACUAGUUGGAAGAAGGAGUUUUUUAUUUAAAUAAAAGUAUGUUAUGUAAAUAAAUCUGUGUUCGUAAAAACGGCACAUUGAAAAGAAAACAAUAUAUAGUCAACUUAAUGAGCGCAAGAGACAAUCAUUUCAUAACACUUUUGAUACACAAAUACAUAAUGAACAAAAUCUGUGCCACCACCUACGAACGCUUUUUUACAAUGUGGUGGUUUCAAUGAUUGUUUUUUUUUUUUAAAUAUUUUUGAUAAAGGUGAGAAUGAUAAAACAGUAAUAAUAAAUUCGUUGACUACCUUGCUGGACUCGCCACUUUUGCUUUACGGACAUUUUCACGAGAUUCCCUUAGCCAUGCGAUAAAGUCCAUGAAUUUCGAAACAAAAAUAACUGGUGGAAACCUAAACUAAUAAUUCGGUAGAUAUGAGAAUUCCAUGUUAUCAACUAAGUAGUCAAGAGACACACCUUGAAAAAAAAAUAUUUUGUAUAUUUUUUUGGAAAAAUGUGCAGGUCGUAAUAAAUAAAAACAUGUGAAAAAUAAACUAUUACGCCGCUUACCUGAAAGCUUUUUAAUCCAGUGGCAAGUGCAAAAUACAGCGUUGAUUGAGACUGGAGAGGUCCAGCGACUAGCCGAUGGCUUUUAUAUCAUUUGCUCCUCCCAAGCGUGGUGUCAAGUAAAAUCGUCUCUCCCACCUCCCUUAUCACUGUGUGCUGCGUAUCUUAUGCCUCUUGUUUUUUUCUUCGGAAUAGCAAGCUGCACUUACAAUUAAUGACGGAGGUGGCUAAAUGUACCGACUAAAUCAAUCGUUUCGUUUUCCGCAUUUCUCCUGUAUACAGGGUGCACGAAGAUUCCUGAACACUUUCGCGGAAUCCGCAGUGAUAGCGCGGGUCACCGGGAUUGAGACAAACGGCCUGCUGAUUAGCGGCCAAGGCCUCUGCGCAGUGGCCUCGCAGACGACCCCCUGAGGCUGGGACCUGCUCUUAUGGCUUCGCCAUCAGCUGCCCCACAUUUGGCCGCCCUCGCCCAAGGCAUUGAACUUUACAACUUUGUGCGAGAUCGGUCAAACGUGCUUUGAAUAUUGAUCCGCGACCGCGAGCUCAAUAUUCUGUCCCGGAAAAUUCGCUCAUCUUAAUUAAUCGGUCAUGCAUCCUCAACUGGUAGGCAAUUGAAUUUUUUUAUCGCUUGCGCUUGCACACACAAGCAGCAAAACAAUGACUUUUGCACAUUUCUGCUGGCUUUUGCAAGACUUCUCUCUGUAAUUUCCGCCAGAAAGUGAAAAAUAUCCGACGUAAGCUAGAUAAAAAAAAUGCCAUAAUUGCAAAUACAUGAAGAAUCGAUGUUUGCAUAACUGGGAAGUAGGAAAGAGUGUGAGUUCACAUUAAAUCGUAUUUUUAUUCAAAUGCAAACGCAACAAAUAAAACGCAAUUUUUCCGGUCUAAACUGACAUUUUUAAUUCAAUUCUGCACGAAAUUUUCGCAAUAUCGUCUCAACCGGUUUGCGAGGAAACUGGCGAAAACUGCGACGGAACAAAAUAGCCAGGUACAUGCGUCUGCGAGCAUAAGCGUGAGACUUCUUAUACAGGGCAUUGAGCAAUUAACGGAAACUUUCCGUCGUAGUGGUCACAAAGUGAAAAACAAAAAGCUGCUGACAAAGGUGUUGACGGGAGGUCUUAACAAAAUAGCUGCCCGCCACGAUGUUGGCUCCUGUUUGCUCUCGUCCGCUGGUCGAAAGCGAAGAAGCGGUUGUCUUUUUCCGAGCAUCAGGUGUCAUCGCGCCAAGCCAGAUUUUGCACUCUACAUAUGUGUAAACGUAAACGCGUUCUUGCCGAGUAAAUGCACUGCAGAGUACAAAGACCGUUUGCGACGUCACUCUCCUAACACCUGCUCGCCACGUGCACUCGCUUUUCGUAACCAACAAUUUGGAUUGCAUUAUUGAUGAUUCAGUACGCUGCACUCUCGAUAAACUCACUUAAAUCGACGGGAAGCUUUAUGGAAAAGUUCCAAAAAAGCGUUGUUUCUCAAUUUUAAAAGCUGAACCUUUUUAUCCAUUAAAAAGCGUUUCAUUCCUAAAUUUUUUAUAUUUAUAUGUUUAAAGUGCAUUAAAAAUAAAGUGUUUGAGACUAUCAUGUUUUAUUAAAAACUAGUGGUAUUGUGAAGGUUUCAUUUUGAGUACCAUCAUAAGGGUUUCGCAAUUAUUAAUUAAUGUAUAUAUAUUAUUGCAAAAUAGUGAUUUGCUGGUAAGGAGGAUUUUUGUGCUUAUGUGUUUUUAAAAAUCAUUCUAACAUUUCCCCAUAUAGAUAUUUUCAUUAAAAAUGUAAAAGUCGUUAAGAACAUUAUAUAAACUUUUGGCGUAGACUUUGGCACCUGCGGAAAGUGUGUAUUCAGUUGUACUUACUUGUAACGUGUACCAGUCAGAAUAUCAGUAUUCGAUUUUACAGAAUUCAUUUGAAUCAAACCCGAUUUAUUGAAUAUCUUACCUCUAAAACAUUUUUGCUCGUAAAGACUUCCGAAAUCGCCAAAUCAGUAUAGCAAUCACUACGAGUGGAUUUCUUGGCAAUAUUAUGUAAGAGCCUUCUUUUCAGUCUCAACUAUCUCUUGUCUCGAGUAAUCGCGAACUACGUUAAAAAAUUUUUCUAAAAGUAUAAAUGCUUGGUGCUGAUUGCAAUCGGUGUUAGGGCUGGUUUUUCCAUUAAUUAUGUAACAAUAGUUAAUCAUUUAUUGCCAUAGGGUAUAGCUUAAGAACUGUUACUUGUUGCUAAAAUAUUUAAAACUAGUAAAAAAUGUUUUUUUAGUCUUCUUUAUUUUGUGUGAACAAUAAUUAGUACAACCCAUGUUUAUUUACAGUUAGAUUUUCGUUAACCUAAAUAUUCUGGGUGUUAGUUACGCGCGUGUGUUAUACAAAGUUGAACGAAACGAUUGUGGCUCAAUGGUAGUGACGGAAAGUGGCCGGCAUGCGCACUGCCAGCUCUGUCACGGCUUCUCCCUGGCGCGAAGAGAUGUGUGCGAACAGCGAUCAUAAUGCUUCUUGUCACAAAACACUGGUAACGGGUAACAGCCAAUUCUGGCCACUGGCCGCGGAUUCGCUUGCUAUUUCCAUCCUCGCGGUCGCGCGAUUUUUUGGCACUCUGCCUGGGCCGGAGCUUAUGCAAUGCGCGCGCGGCGAUGAGAUAAUUUUACUUGAAAACGAGAGCGACCAUAGAAAGCAGUGUAGCCUUUUGGCGGGAAAAUGCGAUACGGUCGGUGCCAAAAAUAGGCCGGUCACGUGCGUGUCCACGCGCCUGGUCAAUUAAGGUGAUAUGCGGUGGCGUCGGCGGGAAUGAGAUGAUAUAUUAUAGCUCAUUUAUAAAACAAAUAUAAAUCAAGGCCCUUUAUUGUGUCCAGAUACAUUUCUCUCAAUAUGAGCAUUUGAUAACAAGAAUGGCUGCUUGAGUAUGCGCGGCGAAAUGAAAAAUAAAUAAAUAAUAAUAAUAAUAA